CAUAUCUCAUCUUCUUAAAACCAAACCCACACGAGUCACACGACUCUGUGUCUCUCUCUGUCUCAAACUCAAAAUCAAAGAUUUGUUCUUUAUUCUCUCUGAAACUCUUUCGCCGGAGCAAGCCCGAAACAAAAAAAAAUAUGAGGAGCGAUGAUCUUUACAUCACCACCGUCCCUUGUUUCUUCCAAUGUCCAAUCUCACUUGACGUUAUGAAAUCUCCCGUGAGUCUCUCCACCGGCGUUACCUACGACCGAGUUAGUAUCCAGCGUUGGCUCGAUGGUGGCAACAACACUUGUCCCGCCACGAUGCAGAUUCUUCAAAACAAAGACUUCGUACCUAACCUAACUCUCCACCGUCUCAUCGAUCUCUGGUCCGACUCCAACCACCGUUAUACCGGUUCUCAAUCUCCGGAAUCCCAUACUCCGACGAGAGACGAAAUUAACGAUGCAAUUGAUCGAGUCGGAGAUAGUGAUCACGACGCGUUGUUGUCAAUGAUCCUCCGAUUCGCUAGUGAUUCUGACGAGAACAGAGAGUUCCUCGCCGGAAAAGAUGGUUUCGUAGAGAUGCUUGUGGAUGUCAUUAGCCAAUUAGAUUCCACAAACUUCUCCGACUCCAAAUUACUACUCGUCGUAGAGGCGGUGAAGAUUCUGAGCAUGAUCCGUCGUAAAAUCUUAAACCGGAGACGGUUAUCGAAUCUGAUCUUAACCAACGGUAGAGAUUGUUUGACGUCUUUAUCUCUAUUAAUUAAAAACGCGGAUCCAAAACUGAAGAUCGAUUGCUCCGCCGUGCUUGAGUUUAUCGCCGUCGACGCCGAAUCAAAGCUCUUAAUCGCCGAGAGAGACGAAAUCAUCACCGAGAUUAUGAACUCGAUAAGCUCAAACUCUGAUCCAACCUUAAUCGAAGCGAGCUUAUCGUUAUUAAUCGCGAUCGCGUCUUCAAAACGCGUGAAACUCGCGUUAAUCGGAAAGAGGAAGCUAGUCACGAAGCUCACGAGUUUGUUAACGGAUCCAACGACGAGCGUUUCAGCGACGGAGAAAUGCCUAAAGCUUCUCGAAACUAUCUCGUCUUGUAAAGAAGGUCGAUCGGAGAUUUGUGAUGGCGUGUGCGUGGAGACGGUGGUGAAGAGGCUGAUGAAAGUGUCCACGGCGGCGACUGAUCACGCCGUUACGGUUUUGUGGAGCGUCUGUUAUCUUUUUAAGGAAAAGACGGCGCAAGAUGCCGUUAUUAGAACUAACGGCGUUACGAAGAUACUUUUACUUUUACAGAGCAAUUGCUCACUUACCGUUAGGCAUAUGCUAACGGAUCUUCUUAAGGUGUUUAAGGUGAAUUCCAGAUCUUGUCUUUCGGUAUACGAAACCAAAACGACACAUAUUAUGCCGUUUUGAUUGAUUUUUUUUUUCUCCCAUAUAAAUUUUUUUAGGGAUUAUUUGUUGGUAAAAAAUAUAUUCAACUUACACGAAAGAAUAGUUUUUGAAAGCUGAAUUGUACCCGAAUGAGAUUCAAUCUCAUAAGAUUUGUUGUCAUGGUGACGAACACACAAUUCAAAAUGUUGUAUGUUCUAAAAUGGAAUGGUUUUAAGUGGGGUCAGUUUAUAUU